AAAAUAUCUUUUGUUGAAAUAAUCUUCUGUUUUUCAUUCAUGUAUGAUGAAUAAUCAGAAAAUGUAUGAAAGAAGGAGAUUGUAGAUGGAAUAAGAUUUCCCUAUGUGAUGAAUAUAGCCUUCCUCUUGAUCACGUAAAUCGAAGACGCCCAAACAGUGCAGCUGCUGUAACUGAAACAAAGUGGAACGUAGAAAGUCCUACCAAAUCAGAGAAAGUUGAAGUGGUCGAGGCAUACUGUGAACCAAAGGAUUCAACAGCGAUUACUGAAAGUGCGAAUAAUCCGAAUCAACAACCUGAUACGAAUACUAAAUUGAGUAAUUAUAUUCGUCCUUGUUCGCCAGAAGAAGACUCUGAAGUACCAGAAUCGGAAGAAGAAGAUGUUUGUGGUCAGUGUUAUCGUCAAACAACAAAAGACAAACCAACAACCGAAUUAAAUUCACCAGACAGUAUCGCUGAAGCAAUACUACCGCUGGUAAAUUUGCAAUCACCUGACCGUCCAGAAAACCCUCUAUUGAAACGUCAUCCGUCACCAUAUUACUAUUCCGAUCUAUAUCGAACCAAACACGAAGAAUCACCACAGAAGAGUACAGCAUCCUCCACAAAUCGAUUUCGUAAAAGUAACAAUCUCGAGACACCAACCAAUGACAGUGCAGUUCUAAAACGAUAUUCUGUAACAGAGGAUGGUAUUUUCAAGGAGGUAAAUGCUAGCGAUGGUGAAUCAGAUUCGAUUCACAUGCCUCCAAAUCGAUUGACAUCGUAUUCAUGCACAUGUGCUGCAAUUACUGAUGAUGGUUUUAAUGUCGUAGAUUGGGACGAAGACGAAAUGACUCGUCAACGACAUUUAUAUGAAACAGCAUUCGAUUGUAAGGUCAGCAAAUCGGAUGAUGAUUUGGAUGAAAUUGAAAAAGUUACCAAUCAUCCGGUACUUAUACAACUUAACACCAACAAAGUUGUACAAGUAUCACGUGCUAGUUCCAUGGCCGGAUGUUCAUAUGAACCACCAAAUACCGCAUUAAAAGGUCGCAAAAAAGUGUUACUUCGUCAAGAAAAGAACCGUCCAAAAUCAACACCCAAUAACAAUAGUCAAGAUAGUAAUAGUAUUUUAAAUAUAUCUGAUGAACUUGCAGAUCUUCAGAUAAAAACAGUUUCAGAAGAAGCCUCAGAUCCUCAAUUACCAUUACGAGGAUUUACCCCGUCACCGCCAUCAACAGCACCUUUACCCACGAAAUUUCCUGGAAAGGAUCUUUUUAUGAACAGUAUACGUAGUGCGCCUAAUUUACCGCAUCCAACGUCACAUCAACGUAUUAAAGAUUUACGCUUACCAAUCAAGUCAUUACGAGGACGAGAAAAUCCAACAAAUUUAGAUGGAAAUAUUAUAGAGUUUAAAGGUAGACCAACAAAAACUAAAGAUUCCGCACCUAUAUUGGAAAUCAAAGGUAGGCCUAGAAGUAAGGAUGUAUGUGCAAAUUUGAUUCUGGAGUUCAAAGGACGGCCUUCAGAAAAAGGUCCAAAAGGUAUUGAUUUUAAAAGUCGUUCUACGAGGAAGCAACACAAAUAUUCCAGUACAGAAAGUGUUGAAACUAGCAGCAGCGGUGGCAGUAUGGAAUCUAUUCGAAGUAGUACUAGUGAAGGAAACAGAAGCACUAGCAGCUCGGAAAGUAGACAUUCAACGUCUCUUAGUUCGCAUAGUUCAGAUUCAGGGAGUAUGAAUUAUCAUCACUUACCACAAAUGUCAGCCUAUCUUGCAAAUCAUGCAAAUAAACUACAUAUUUUAAGUCCUAUAUCUGAUAAAUCAUCUCAGGAACCAGUAUCAGAAACUUCCGAUAAUAAUCGGAAUAAUAAUUCACAAAAAUGCUCACCCGAAGAAGUGGUGACGCCUACGACAACAUCUUUAGAAAAUAGUAAUUUCAAAAUUAAAAGAAAAUUACCACCGAAUAAAAAUCUACUAAAUUUAGCCUUUAAACAAAGUUCAUCAUCCGGAGAUGCUGAAAUACAAGGCUCUGAUAGUGGUAUAUCAAUACAAUCACGGGAAGGUGUUAAAUCACGGAAUGGUUUUGGAUUUUUAGGAUGUACAGAUAAUAAAUUUAAUAUCAGAAAUGAUUCACAAAGUCAAGAUUUAAGUGAUUUACCAUUUGAUAUGCCAAAAUUACGUCGUCGAAGAAUGAAUCAACAAGAUGCGUGUACAUCGAGUAGUGCUACUUCGGUGGAACUAAGAGAUUUACCAUUUGAUAUGCCAAAAUUAAGAAGGCGAUUAAAGACAUCAACUCAACCAAUUACUGAUAGUGGAAUGUCGUUAGCGUCGUCAAGUCAAAGUGUUCAAGAAGGAGACCGACAAGUUGAUAUAUUCAGACCAAAACUUACCCUAAACUUCGGUAAUUCUGGAGAAAGGAACACUUUGGAAUUAAAUAUGGGAUUAAAUUUGAAUAUUAAACCUCGAGAUGAUUCUUUAAGCUUGGUAGACAUUGAUUUGCCUCUAGAAAGACAAGGGUGGUAUCAUGGCGCUAUAACACGAGUUGAAGCUGAAUGUGUCUUAAAAAUGUUACGAGAAGGAAGUUUCCUGGUCAGAAAUAGUGAAUCAACACGUUUGGAUUACUCCUUAUCCUUAAAGAGUGCAAGAGGUUUUAUGCACAUGCGCAUUCAACGUUCCGAUGAUUCUGGUCAAUAUAUCCUUGGACAAUUUAGUAAACCAUUCGAUAGUAUACCAGAAAUGAUACGACAUUUCACAUUAAAUCGUUUACCAGUACGUGGUGCUGAACAUAUGUGUCUAUCAAAGCCAGUUAUUGCUCAGCUUUUGUGAUUUGAAGAAUAGCAGCAGUAUCCUCCCUCACAUCCAACAAAACCCCUUGUAUCCAUCAUUUUUAAUUCUAUAUACAAUCAUAAUAAUAACUUUUAAAACUACAAAUAGGCCAUAUUAAGAUGAUGACAGAUGGGGAUAUCUCAUUUUCUCAGACCUGCCUCGAAGCGGACUACAAAGUAUAUAUUCUUUGAGUAGAAAUGAGGUAAAAUUUGUGAGUUUUCUGUAUGGGUGACAUAAAGUGAUGGAAAUAAUAACAUAAUUUUGUAAGAAAAUUCUACACCUUAGAAGAUUCAACCAAUAACGGGAAUAUCGUGAGGCGAAAAUUAUCAAGUAAGAUACAUGACUUGUAAAUGGUAAGAGACAAAAUGUGGUAUCCAAAUUUGUCAAUAUCUUAGGGCCUAAAACUUCUAGUCAUUUCAUACA